CACAAGAUUUAUAAAAGCAGUUUGGGCAAUUUUAUAGUUGCUGUGAUCUUAUUGACAGGCAAGGUGGAAUUUUCAGGGUGAGUCGCGUGGUACUUGGAUAUUACGAAAUACGAGCCCCCGUUGCGACAUGCGCUCUUUCAAAGACCUUUCAACCUCUCGCUGUCCUCAACAAUCAAUCUUUGCUGCAUCGCACGACUGAUACGUUAACACUCGCCAAGCAAGGCCUGCCACUUUUAUCACACUCUCAACAGCCCGAUCCUGACUCGCUUCACGCUCCUACACAACCUGUCCCCUCGGCACUCACCAAGCGGACCGGAGCUUUGCCUUAAGUUGCGCCAAACACAGCAAAAGAAAAUGACUAUUUAUAUGAGGGAAGAUGUCGAAUUUGUAAAGCCGAAUGCUAAAAAGCACCCCCAGAGAUCCAGCAUACAACAUUGGCAGCUUCGUGAUCUUAUCGCUUGUCCAAAUAGCAAACAUGAAUUUAUGUAUGUGAAUCAGAACAACGUCUAUCAAUACAACACCGAGCACAAGCAGGUCACACCAAUACUAAAAGAUUUAACGUUUUCACCAACUUCUAUAACCACUGGCCACGGGUUUCUGGCAGCAGGUGGUCAACGCAGCCAGCUAAUGGUUCGGCAGCUUUCAAGUAAUUGGUGUGCGCAUACCACGGUAGGGGGUUCAAUCAACAACGCCAUGUGCAUUUCGCAACAUCUUGGAGGGACACGACUGUUGAUCUGCAACAACGAUGAAACCAUCAAAGUUUAUUCUCUACCCGGCAUGCAGCGAAUAACCUCUGUAUCCCUCCCCACCGCUGUAAACUACGCCGCCGUUAGUCCAGAUGGGAGGAAAAUGGUUGCUGUUGGAGACUCACCACAAGUUUUCCUGUUUGACAUUUCCGCUUCGGACGGAUACGCCCGGGUCGCAACGCUUACAGCAAGCAACGAUGCAGGUUUCUCGUGCGCUUGGAACCAAUCAUCGGAAAAGUUCGCGGUGGCGAGCCAAGACGGAUAUGUAAGCGUAUGGGAUAUACGAAAUACAGGCGAGAAAAUUGCCAAACUCGGAUCAAAGCAGAAUCCACAAGUGAAAGGUGCAUGUCGAUCUGUGAAAUUCUCUCCUACAGGCUCUAUAGAUUUGCUCAUGUAUAGUGAGCAUAUGUCGUAUAUAAAUGUUGUUGAUGCCAGAACAUUUAAUGAACGCCAAACUGUUCGCGUUGCUCCAUCGUCAAGUGAUCAGCACAUAUCCGGCAUAACAUUCUCGCCAGACUCCAAGAACAUAUUUGUUGGAAUGGAAAGCAACGUAUGGGAAUUUGAAGUAGAUACAAUGAAUCGUCGAUGCUUUCCGGAAGGCUCUAUUAUUUAAACCCCUACCUUGACGCACUUCGCCACCCGCAUGCCCCACUUACCACGUUUUUGUUGGGCUUUACAUGGCUGCAGCAUACCCAUCAUCGUCUUACAAUCUUCUACUUUUUGAUCUGUGUGGAAUCAAUUGUACAUGAGCUCUUGCAUUACAUACAUCACUACACUGACCGAGUAGCAGCACUGGCAGCGCAUUCCUGCGGGGUGGAUUAUCUGAUCGGUGAUUACCUAAAGCGGUGACUCAUUU